AUGAAGWUGCAAACAAUUCAGUCAAUUGCCGGUAAAAAAGUAGACAUCGAGUGUCUAACUGAGGACUGGGAUGAAAAUGAGAUACUACUGGUCCACUGGUACAGGGAAACCGAUUCAACCGUAUUCAGGCCGUACAGUGACCGACCGUUUUAUACGCUAGACUCACGUAAUAGGCAACUAUCGCGGGCUAGACAUACACUGGACGAACCGGAACUGAAACAUAGAUUUUAUUUUGAUGUCAGCCGCGAACCACCGGUGCUCAACAUUAGUCCAGUGCUGGACAGUGAUGAAGGCUGGUAUAGGUGUCGUGUCGAGUAUAGGACACGCCGUACACAAAGCUAUAGUAUAUUUCUGGAAGUCAUAGGUCCACCAAAAUUGAUACAAAUUGUUGACUCAGAUGGACAGYCACUUAGGGGACUGAUUGGUCCSUACAAUGAAUUUCAAACAGUCUAUCUGAGAUGUGAAGCACUGGGAGGAAACCCUAGUCCGGCGCUAAUCUGGUCGCACGUUAUGUCGGCCAUCGAUGUCAUAAUUGAUAGUACGUACAGUGUUAACAGCAGCACCGGUAGUUCAUCGCAACUGUCAUCAGUGGUGAAUGAACUUCAUUUGCGUCAAUUGGAUCGUCACGACUAUCGUACAAAACUUGUAUGCCGUGCCAGUAGUACUGGUCGUWCAGUUUAUGAACCAAUUGAACAAUCGGUUAUCAUUGAUAUGAUAUUAAUGCCGUUAAACGUAUCGAUAAUACUGAUGACCACCGAUGAAAGCCGAGGACAGCCGGCAGCGGCGGCGGCGGCGGCAGCGACUCUCAUAGCUGGCCAACAAUCAGUAUUCCGAUGCUCGACAUACGGUUCGCGGCCUAACGUAACCAUUGAAUGGCUUAUCGAUGACCAGCCAAUCAUCGGUAAAAAUAUAACUACCGAUACUACUGAUGAUGAUGACGACGACGAGGACAACGGCACCACUAUAUCGACAGUUACCCUAAUUAUUGACUAUACUAUGAACAGCAGGCAACUGGUCUGUCGUGUAUACAAUCAGCUCAUACCUAAUAGAUUGUUGGAGGACAGUCAGGUGCUUAAUGUUGAAUAUUUACCAAUAAUUAACAUAACCCUGGAUACUAAUCGUUUAAUACCUGUCCGCGAGGGUGACUAUCUGAGAAUCCGGUGCCAUACGAUGGCCAAUCCACGGGUCGACCGUCUAGAGUGGGCACUGGAUGGCCGACCCGUUCAACUAGUACCGGAAAAAUCCUAUUUUAUGGAUAGUCUAACUAACGAGACACUAGUAAUCAAUUAUGUUAGCAAAAAUGAUUCAGGCCGUUACCAAUGUACAGCCAGUAACCGACUGGGCAAAUCUACCAGUGCCCUAUUGAUGCUAGAUGUCAAUUACGCACCUGUAUGUCAACCUGAUCAGCAACAAUACUAUAAUGUUGUACGCAACCAAAACAAUACCAUCCGGUGCUCGGUUAGCUCCCGGCCCUCAACUGGACUUAAAUUCAAAUGGUUUGUCAAUACAUCCAUCGAGUUGUUUGAAUUGUAUCCAAACUUUAGCAGCACUGGUAACGGUAUCAAUGAUGAUGUCGAUAAUGGUUUACUAGUAGUGCCACCAUCAACAACAAUAACAACUAGUGUGACCAACUACAGGCCAACCAAUACCCUAAUCAACUAUGCCACGAUAAUGUGUCUAGCUGAAAACAGUAUGGGCAUGAUGCAACGUCAACCAUGUUUGUUUUGUCCACCUGAUUCAGUUAGCAAUUGCCAGUUGAUAAUUAAUAAUAAUAAUAAUAAUAAACUAGCAGCAAGCAACAUUAUUGAAUUUGAAUGUCAACCUGGCAACAAUGGUGGCCAAUUAGCAGGUCAACAACAACAACAAUUGUUUCAUCUAGAAAUUUACCAUGCUCUAACAGAUAGUCUAGUAGCAAAUUUGACAAAUGUUCAAGCUAAAUUCCUGAUCAAUAAUGAUGGCAUAAUUAAUCAAGGUAGCCGGUACAAUUUUGUUGUCUACUCGUCCAAUCAAUUGGGCAAUAGUCAACCGGUUAUCUAUCCGGCAAUUGAACUGGGUGCAGCUACAACUAUGGGUGAUAAUAGACAAAUUGAGCAUGCUAAAACAAUUAUCGAUAGCCAAUUGAUGAAUAGUCUAAUUGACAAUAUAUCUAUGAAGAUGAAUACAAACUAA